AGUUAUUGCAGCAGUGCAGCUGAAAAGAACAGACUGUUUAAUAUGGACAUCUGUGAUUGUACUUGAGACACGUGUCCAUAUAAAAUAUUUGCCAAAAUGUGCGUGUCAUCUUUUAGGUUUCCGGUUGUAUUUCCAGUAAUUAGAAUUUACAGAGACUGAAAAAUUCACGAUAAUAAGAAUAGAUGGAUUGUUAUGAUGACCAUUUUGACUUUGAAUAUACGUAAUUGGUGUAAUAACGCAGCAACACAGGAGAUAAAUCAAACUUGUUUUUUGACGUAAUCUUUACUGUUUUAAGAGAUUUCUCGAUGUACUGUAUUUCGCUCACCAACCGAGUUACAAGAUAACGAAAUGUUAUUAUUAAACUUACACUGAAAGGAUACCUUUCAUAUUUUAUUUUAAUUGUACUUAAAAAAAAAUUAUGUGAUGACUAUGUAAUUAUAUAUCUACAGAAAAUACAAUUUAUACAGCAUUAGUCAAUAAUACAGCAUUCAUGGCAACAAUACAGAUUGCAUCACAGUGACUCAUUACAUUGUAAUAAAAAUGAGAAGAAUAAUUGAGCCAAAAAUAUUUGUUAUCCUGCUGAUACUGCGACUCUGUGUAGGACAGCAGGUAACAGAUAAUUCUAAUACUGAACUAGUAGUGGAACAAGAUGAUACUCUUGUUUUGUUUUCUACACUCAGAGGAUCUCUUGUAGGAGUUAGUCAACGAUCAGGAGAAAUACGAUGGCAACAGGACAAUGAGCCAGUAGUUAAAGUGCCUAUUGGGGAUAUAUCAGAGAAUAAAAUGCGAAUGUUUCUACCAGACCCCAGAGAUGGUACACUUUAUUUAUUUGGUAGAGAUUCAGAAGCAUUAAAAAAACUGCCAUUAACCAUUCCCCAGCUGGUGGCUAAUAGCCCUUGCAAAAGUAGUGAUGGCAUGUUGUACACUGGUAGAAAAAUUGAUACUUGGUUUAGCAUUGAUCCAACAACUGGUGAAAGGGAGCAACUUUUGAGCUUUAAUGACGUCAAAAAUACUUGUCCUUUAAAAAUACAGAAUGCUAUUUUUGUCGGUCGUACAGAAUAUAAUAUUAUUAUGGUUGAUAGUAAGCAUAAAGAUAGAAAAUGGAAUGUGACAUUCUAUGAUUAUUCUGCUGAAAAAAUGGAACCUGAUGUUGCCGACAAUUACGAUUUGUUACAUUUUACCACAAGCUCAACAGGUCGCGUUGUGACACUGGAUAAGAGAUUAGGCAUAGUUCUUUGGGAAUUGGAUCUCAAAAGUCCGAUAAUAGCGAUGUACACCCUAACUGAAGACGGAUUGCUGACAGUUCCUUUUACAAGUAUUGCUGAAGGAACAUUGGAUUCAUUAUUGGAAAGACUCGCGACAAAAUCAACUGAUAUUCAGCUGUUUAAAACUUUAUACGUUGGCCAACAUCGAUAUGGUUUCUAUGCUUUACCAUCGCUCGUUGACACGGACACGACAACGAUAUCAAGCAAUAUUGAACAUUUGCUUCUGGAAGGUCCAUUACUAACUUCGCAUCUUGAUGCAGAUGACAGUGAAGUACCAUUGCCAGGAAAUCACGUUUUUAUUUCUAACAUCGAUGUAGCUAAUGAUUAUCAAAGCUUCAAACGCACCAAAAAUAUUAUUAUGUUAGAUCAUUAUAAGGUACAUGCGGAAUAUAAAGCACAAAAUCAGCCUCUUCAAAUAACCGGGCGAUCUGACCCGAUAAUCGAGUCUUCGACAUUGAAUAUUACCGGUACAAAUCUAUCAAUCGCCAUGCAAACAGAUAUGCCUAACGAUACAGUCCAGUCAGAAAGCAAGCAAAAUUGGCAAAUGGUUAUAUCAAAAACUUACAGCGCUAGCAAAAUAUGGUUAAAUCAGCAAGAGGAUAAGGGUUUAAAGUUAACCAUGAUUAUACUCAUAGGAUGUGUUAUCAUAAUGUUUUGGUAUAUAAAUACUCAGAUUAAGGGCGUUCAACAAUUAUCACAGGGUUCGCGCGAAAAUAGUCGCACGAGUUAUUUUAAUAAAGAUAGCUUGACUAUUAUACCGGAAGAUAUUGGAGAGGGUUUAGUGAGAGUAGGAAAGAUUACAUUUGACACGAGACAAGUCUUAGGCAAAGGAUGCGAAGGAACAUUUGUGUACAAAGGUGAAUUUGAUGGUCGUGCUGUGGCUGUGAAACGUCUGCUGCCGGAUUGUUUUAUGUUUGCUGACCGAGAGGUGGCCUUGCUGAGGGAAUCAGAUGCACACGCAAAUGUAGUUAGGUACUUUUGUACUGAACAGGAUCGUAUGUUCAGAUACAUCGCUUUGGAGCUUGCUGAAGCUACGUUACAAGAUUACGUAGCAGGCAAAUACAAUAGGGAGAAGAUAUCUGUAAAGAAUAUCUUAUAUCAGGCAACAUUCGGGUUGGCGCACUUGCAUUCUUUGGAUAUCGUCCACAGAGAUAUUAAGCCUCACAAUGUGCUUCUUUCCGUUCCUGGACCACGAGGUGAAGUACGUGCGAUGAUAUCGGAUUUCGGUUUAUGCAAAAAACUUCAACUGGGUCGCGUAUCAUUUUCGCGAAGAUCUGGCGUUACUGGAACGGACGGCUGGAUAGCACCGGAAAUACUUGGAGAUAAUGAAGAAAGUGCGACAUGUGCGGUUGACAUCUUCUCGCUCGGUUGUGUUUUUUAUUAUGUUCUCUCCGAUGGUAAACAUCCUUUUGGUGAUCCUCUACGAAGGCAAGCCAACAUCAUCUGUGGCGAAAGCAAUUUGAUAACACUUCAGACCAUGUCUGCAAAUGACAGAGAAUUAGCGCUACUGCUCAUCAAGAUGAUGAUUUGCAACAAUCCUUCCAACAGGCCACCAGCUUUGGCGAUUUGUAAUUAUCCGAUUUUUUGGAGUUCGUUAAAGAUUCUGAGUUUUUUCCAGGAUGUCAGCGAUCGAGUGGAAAAAGAUCAAUUAGACAGCCCAGCCUUAAUAGCCUUGGAAAGUUGUGGCGAACGUGUGAUAGAAAAUGAUUGGAUAUCGUACAUAGAUGUGGAAGUUGCAUCGGAUCUACGGAAAUAUAGAAGCUACAGUGGCGAUAGUAUGAGGGAUCUGCUCAGGGCUUUGCGGAAUAAGAAACAUCAUUAUCGAGAAUUAAGCCCGAAAGCACAGGAGAGUCUCGGCGAAAUUCCUGAUCAGUUCACGGAAUACUGGCUAUCCAGAUUUCCGAACUUAUUGUGUCAUGUGUGGUGCGCGAUGCAGAAUUUCCGAGACGAAUCGAACCUUAAACGUUAUUAUCAUUUAGAAUAUACUUUUUCGUGCGGAUGUGAAGGACAACAAAGAGCUAUACGAAUAGCUCGAGUGAAAAACAUGCUAUCGACAUCAACGAGGAGGAUUAAUUCAAGCACCAAUCCAACAAGAUAUCGCGGUCAAAAGAAGAAGCAAGAAAGAAAAAAGCAGGAGGAGUCGACACCUUGCUUAAUGCCGCCGGCAAAUUAAGUUAUUUUAUAUAAAAUAGUUAUCAAUGCAAAUGAAGAGAAGAAAGAUGUGUUUGCGCAAGUACAUUUGAACUGAACUAUAAUGAAAUUUGGGUUUAUGAUUAAAUCUCGAUUUAAUAUCAAUAAGACAUCCAGUAACAUAAAAGUUCUUCUAUAUUGGUCGCAAUGUUAGUUGCAACAAUCGUGACAAUGAUGAUCGUAAAUUCAUAGCGUAAACUUGUUGAUUUUGGCUAUAUUAUGAUAUCCAUUGUCAGUAAUGAAAAUCUAUAGUUUAUGUUUAUGUAUAGUACAUAAACAUAAACUAUGUAUAGUACAUAAACAUAUACUAAUAUAGUUACGUAUACUAAUAUGUACACUAAUAUAGAUUUUCAAUACUAGGAAUGAAUAUCAGAACAGCCUUUGUUGAUACAGCUAAUCAAUGUAUAAUCGAUUUGUAGAACGAUUUAGACAUAAUAAAAUCAAAAGUUUACGAAACUGUCAAAAUUAAGAGUCAUUAUCAACAAGGUUACACAGUAAUAAUUAAUUAAUAAUAAUAUAAUUUCUGCACAAGCUUAUCGGAGUAUGACUUAAUUUUGAUAGUGGUGAGAUCUUACAAUGCUAGCCAAGUUCACGCUCUGAAUUUGUGGUCACUGUUUGCGACAAAUAUUGCAACUGCCAUUGCAGCCAAUGUAAAAAGGCCUUAAGGGAUCAUUCUUGAUUCCUCAAGCGUUAUGAUAUUUAUAUUAUGUAGUUCAAAGCUCGGGACGCGUUGCACAUUUCGGUCGAUUUUCAACUUGCUCCGUCUAGCGCUAUUUCCCUUAUCUUAUCGUCUUACACGCAACUUACAAGUUACUCGAGACUUAGAAACAUAUGAGUUAUAUUUGUUUCCAAUAGUAAAAAAUUAUUAAAAAUAUAUAUUUACAAAUCAUACGUUCUUGAAUCUGAAACGGCUUGUAAGUUGAACGGGAUGAUGAAGUAAGAAAAAUAGCACUAAGCAAAGUAAGUCGAAAAUUGGCCAAAAUUUGCAAUGCGUGUUAAGCUCUGAUGUAGCUUCUCCCAGAUAUAAAUGUAAUUUUGAUCUUUAGUGUGUGUUUUUAGGUCCUAUUUAAACUUUUUUUCUUUCAAAUGAGCAAAGAAAUUUGUUUUAUUGAAUUUUUUAUCUUUAAAUUUUAAUAAAUUUAAAGGUAAAGUUUCCUUAUUUCUUAAACAAAUUGAGCUUUAAAAGGACAUUAUUUUAUCUGAAUAUGAAUUGGAAAUAGUAAACAUUAAUGAUAUUUGGAUCAAAAAAUGUAUCUGUGAUCUUUCAUUCAUUUACUUAACUCACUCAUUCAUACAUAUACGCGCGUGUGUAUGUUACACGUACUUUUUAUAUUCUAUAUCGAGACAGAGAGAGAGAGAAAGAGAGAGAGGGAGAGAGAGACGUCUGUAAAUAAUUAAUUAAUUACUGAAAGCAAAUUCAGAAAUUUUGACAAUAUCUAAGAAUGUAUGGACAUAAUGCAAGAUUAUUCUUCUUAGAAUAGUCUUGCGAAAACUCUGGAACUCAGAAAUAUUUGGCGAUUUGCAUUUUAUCAACGUAUAAAAGAUUAUUUAUAUGCGAUGCUUGUGAAAAUAUAUAGUGCGAUCUCAUAUAUUAGAAUAAAGCAAUUAAAAUAUAAACGUAAGGGGACCAUUUUUAAGCGAUAUAGACAGAAUAUAUAUUAAUAAUUGGUUAUAUAUUAUAUCAAUAAUUAAUGCGGACAAUGUUUUAUGUUGAUAAUUAUAAAAUUAUUUGCGCAGGAUAAUGUGUGCGUGUGCGUGCGUGCGUGUGCGUGCAUAUGUGUGAUUCAUUAAUAUAGACUAUUAAUGAAUUAAUGUUAAGCAUUCAGUAGCAGGUAGAUUGAGUCAAGUUGAAUAAGAAAUCCUUUACCAUUUUGCAAA